GUUGUUGUUGUUUUGUUUUUCUUUCUUUCUCUUAAACAAUUGCACUCAAUCUCUCUUAUAUACAUAUCAAUAAACUAUGUUAACAUAGAAUAUUAAGAAUAGAACAAAUGAUAAAUGAUUUAUAUGGCGUAUAUAUUGGUUUAAUGCCUCAUUGUACCCAUGUUUAUAUGUUUAAAUAAAUAAACAAAUAACAAUCAUUAAAUGAAUAAUAAGUUUACAUUGAUUCUAUUCACUGAUUUUACAGGGAUUAUUUCUCUCUCUGUGUGUGUGUGUGUCAGAGAGAGAGAGAGAGAGAAAAGAAAGCAAAAUAUUUAAAAAAAAAACGCAAAACAAGAACAAAAAACGCACAAUCCUGACAAAUAAAUAUUAUGUUUAUUAUUAUUUAUAUUCGUCUAUUCUAUUUAUUCAUGAAUGGAUUAUUCGUAUCAAAUUAUCCAGUUAAUUAUGUACCAUCAAUAAUGUGGAAACCUGGUUAUAUUCCAACUAAUUUACCGAAAUAUAAUAGUCAAGAAGCAAAAAAUCCAUUGAAUAAUAAAGAAUAUUCAUUAUCAUAUGAAUUAAAAGAUAAAAGUUUAAAGAAAUAUGGUUUAGAUAUGGAUGAUGAAUAUACUAUACCGGAAUUGCCUAAUUUGGCUGUGAAAUAUUAUAAUAAUUAUGAUGAUGAUGAUUCCUAUAAUCAUGAAAAUAAUGAUGAUGUUAUCAUACAUUUCGAUAGUGAAAAUAAUAAUAAGAAGAAAAAUAAUAAUAAUAAUAAUAAUAACCUUAUUCAUUAUUAUUACUUUCAUCAAUAUAAUAAAAAUAGAAAACAAAGGGAUAAUUCAGUUCAGUCUCAAUAUAAAUCGUCUUCCAAAUCUAGACUUCUCUAUGGGACAAGUAUAAUGCCAACAGUUUCUGUACCAGUUUCAGUUCCAGUAUAUGCACAAAUCCCAGUUUCAGUGCCUGUAGCACAACCGAUUGUAAGUCAUUCUUAUGGUGUUAGUGGACAUACAUAUAUACAACCUCAACAUUCAUUUGGAUUUCCACAUGGUGGUCAUUUUGCUGUGGGACCUAGUAUGAUACCUCAUCAACCAAUAAUAUCACAACAACCAAUAGUACCACAACAACCAAUAGUACCACAACAACCAAUAGUACCACAACAACCAAUAGUACCACAACAACCAGUGAUACCACAACAACCAGUGAUACCACAGCAACCAGUAGUACCACAACAACCGAUAAUUCCACAACAACCAUCUCCAAUCGCCCCAUUAUUACCACCUACAAUACCUCAGCAGCAACCACCUGCAGCAACUCCACAACAACCACCUGAAGUAAGCCCACAACAACCACCUGCAGUAAGUCCACAACAACCACCUGCAGUAAGUCCACAACAACCACCUCCAGUAACUCCGCAAAAUUCACCUGAAAUACCAACAUUUCCGUUCCCUAGUUCAUCGGCUGAACAAACUCAAACACAGAGUCAAAUAAAUGUAAAACCACAAGUACCACCACUUCAAAUUCAACAACUACAGUUAACUCAACAACAACAACAACAACAACAAGUGUUACCAAUUCCACACCAAAAACCACAAAUUACAGUGAAACACUUUAUAACGCCGCAAAACAUAAAAGUAUUCAUUCAAAGUCCAAAAAUUAGACCCAGGUUUAUCAAACGAUAUUAUUAUUAUUAA